AUGCAAAUAGACGUGGAUAGCAUGAUACAGCGCCUGCUGGAAGCGCGAGGUAACAGGCCGGGGAAGAGCAUAAAACUAGAUGAAGAGGAGAUAAAAGGUCUUUGCCAUCGUUCCCGUGAAAUAUUUUUAUCUCAAUCGAUCCUCCUGGAAUUGGAGGCUCCCAUAAAGAUAUGUGGUGAUAUACAUGGGCAAUACUAUGACCUACUGCGCUUGUUUGAAUAUGGCGGAUUUCCGCCCACAGCAAAUUACCUCUUUUUAGGCGAUUAUGUGGAUCGGGGUAAACAGAGUUUGGAAACCAUUUGUUUGCUCCUCGCCUACAAAAUAAAAUAUCCUGAAAACUUCUUUCUCCUCCGUGGCAAUCACGAAUGUGCGUCCAUCAAUCGCAUAUAUGGGUUUUACGAUGAAUGCAAGAGGAGGUAUAGCAUUAAGCUGUGGAAAACAUUUACAGAUUGUUUCAACUGUUUGCCAGUAGCUGCCAUUAUUGACGAUAAAAUAUUUUGUAUGCAUGGGGGGUUAUCGCCAGAGUUGAGCUCUUUUGAUCAGAUCAGGCAGAUUUCAAGGCCUACGGAUGUGCCGGAUACAGGAUUGCUGUGCGAUUUGUUGUGGUCUGAUCCAGAUGGAUCGGUAAAUGGAUGGGGGGAGAAUGAUCGAGGAGUAAGUUAUACAUUUGGUUCCGACGUUGUAGUGAAUUUUCUUUCUAAGCACGAAUUGGACCUAAUUUGUCGGGCACAUCAAGUUGUUGAGGAUGGAUAUGAGUUUUUUUCCAAACGACGUUUGGUCACUCUAUUUAGCGCCCCUAAUUAUUGCGGUGAAUUUGACAACGCGGGUGCCAUGAUGAGCGUAGAUAAGACCCUCAUGUGCUCCUUCCAGAUCCUCAAACCUGUCGACCGGAAGAAGAUGAAAUGA